UUUUUCUAAAACUUUACGAUUCGCCGUGGAUGCGCCCAAUGAUUAUGGAUUCGCCUAACCAUUAAAUAUUGUUUUGGUAUUGUAAAUCUAUUAUAAUUUCUCUUCUUAUUAGUACAUGCACUUAAACAUUUUUCCAAAAUGAAUUUUGUUCAUGAUCUUUAUCAACAGACUAUAGCUGAAAACGAUAAAAAUAUCAAGUUUUGGGAAGACUACCUGAACAAUUUAAAUUCUUUAGACUUUGAUGUCUACUCAGAAAAGCUUACAGUCCCUGUCUUAAUACCUAUUGGAAAUAGAAUAUUAUUUCGAGGUAACUUAAAACAUACUAAUGAAGUGACUGUGGCUCUUGGUGCUGACUACUUUGCCAAAUGUUCUAUAAAGCAAGCAGAUGUUUUGCGACAGCAUCGAAUAAAAGAUGCAAAAUCGAAACUUGAAGUCUAUUACAAAGAGAGGGAGUAUCUCGAAAGUCAGUUAUCAUUUAAUCAGCAAGUUCAAGAUGUUGGUCAAGAAAUUAUUGAGCACUGUACUGAAGAAGAGGACAAGGAGUGGAGAAAAGCUCAUAGAAAAAGGGUAAGACAAUACCACCAAAGCAAAUCUAAAAGAGAAACUAGUGAGCAUGAUAAUGUUGAUGAUGAGGAGCUCUUUAGAAGACUGGAAGAACUUGAGUUGCAAGAAGAACUAGAGAAUGAACUUUCAAAACAUGAAUCAGCUGGUACAGAUAAUGCAGAAGAAAACUAUGAUUCAUUUGUUAUAAAUGUAGACAAAGACUACCAAAGUAAAGAAGUAGCUUUGAUUCCUCAAGACACCCUACAGCAGACAUCAAAAUUAGAUUUGCUGCAACAAGUAAUUGACAGACAAAAAGUAUUAGAAACAAAAUUAAUUGAACUGAAAAAUAGGGACAAAGUUCAAGCGACUACAGAAAAAGAUCUACUAUCUAGACUGGAUGAAAUAGAACAACUUGAAGAAUUAGAAGAUGAAAUGGAGAGGUUGGAUGAUAUUCUUGAUGAAGAUAGUAAUGUUGAAGAGAGUAAUGAUGAUGAAAGUAUUGUGGAUAACAAAACUGCAAAUAAGCAAUCUGUAACAUUCCAUGAAGACGAUAGUGAGACUUUGGAGUUAACAUUCAAGCAUUCUGAACAGGAGCCAACUAACGAACCUUAUGAUAGUAACAAAGGUAUAACAAAACCAAGUGAUGUAUACUCUGCAUUCUCAAAUCUAUUUGUAAAUGAAACUAAAUCAAUACUAAAGAAGUCUAAAUAUGAAUCACAAGAGUUCAAUCAUGUAAAUGAUAUAAAAAAAGAAGUAAAAAUGAUAAAUGAAUCUAUCAAGAAGGAAGAAUCUGAACACAGGACUAUAGUAAUUAAAGAUAUAAGUGAGAAAGUAGAACCAGAAGCUAAGAAUACAAGUAGUGAAAGGCCUGUUAGCAUUUUCAAAAAAAGAAGACAGCAACAGAAAACUUAAUAUUCUAUAAAUUGUAAAUUCAAUAACAACAUAAUUAUUAC